AUUUAACCCAGCUCCAGCCUGCACAUCUGCAUUCCUCCACACUGCUCCAGCUCAGGCCCUCUGCAUCUGCACAGGCAUGGUUGCUCAAGUCACCAACUCCCUGGUCAAGUGCCUGCUGAUCAUCCUUGGACUCAUCUCAGUCAUUGUGAACAUUGUGCUGAUAUGCUUGAACUCUAACAGGCUUCCAAAAUGCCACCUUCAAGUGCCCGACUCCAUCACAGCCAACCACACGGACCACGGCUCCAUUUUUGCAGAUCUCACACCCAAGGAGUACCAAGCAAUCCGGGAUUACAUGUGGAGCCAGAAAGACUUGAGGAUCUCUCAUUCCCUCACUGCAAAGCCUUCAGAAAACUUCCUCUUUUUAAUUGACCUCCAGCUGCCGAAGAAACGGGAUGCUCUGCAAUAUUUGGACCACCAUGCUCAGAAACCCCAGCGCAAAGCCACCGUGGUUGUGUUCUUUGGAGAAUUUUCCCACCUCAAGGAAUAUGAAGUAGGACCCUUGCCUGGUCCCCUUCAUCACCGAGAUGUCACGAAGGAAAGAUAUAAAAUGGAUGCUCUCCCAUUCGCUGCCAGGACAGUGACCAUUGGGGAAUAUGUGGAAAUUUUCACAUUCCUGCAUCUCAAGGUGUUUCAGAAGCUUGAGACGGAGCUAAGAGAAAGCUUUGGCUACAUCCCCAAUAAGAGUGAGCUGAACCCCUUUGAAGGAAUGCCAAGAGGACUCAAGCCAGGGGAUCGAAAGACGUGGAUUUCAUUCUUCCGUGAUGAAAGUGGCAUGUACAUUCAUCCAGUGGGUUUUGAGGUUUUAAUCAACCAUGAAAAUAAGAAUUCAUCCAAUUGGACAUUGGACAAGCUGCUCUACAAUGGCGUAUACUUUGACACAAUUGAGCGCUUCAAACAGAGCUAUGAGAAAGGCACUGUCAAAAAAAUUGUAUUCAAGAAGAUUCCCAACUAUGCCUCACUGAAACCAAGAAGAAAGCCAACUGGCGUGAGUCCACAGCAGUCUUAUUUGCAAGGGAAACGAUUCAGCGUGAAAAACAACCAAGUUAUCUACAUGGAUUGGAGCUUUGCCUUCGGCCUGAGCUCCCUCACAGGCAUGCGAGUCUUCGAUGUCCGCUUCAGGGGGGAGCGAAUUGCCUACGAGAUCAGUGUUCAGGAGGCCAUGUCCGUGUACGGGUCCAACACACCUGGCAUGAUUCUCACAAAGUUCUUGGACUCCAGUAUCGGGAUCGGUCGUUUCGCACACGAGCUGGUGAGGGGUGUGGACUGCCCCCAAGUGGCCACCUACGUCGACGUUUACCGCUACAUAGACACUAAUGCCACACAGCGCUUCCGUAACGCCAUCUGCGUCUUUGAGUAUGACGUUGGCCGGCCACUGAGGCGCCACUUCUCUGACUUCUUCCACAACAGUUAUGGUGGUAUGGCCAACAGCGCCCUCUACUUUCGCACAAUCACAGCCAUCGGCAACUACGACUACAUCUGGGAUUUCAUCUUCUACCAGAGCGGCUCUGUGGAGGCCAGGGUGCAUGCCACCGGCUACAUAUCCUCGUCCUUUAAAAUUGAUGGAAGCCUCAGGUAUGGCCACCAGGUCGCGCACAAUGUGCUUGGAAACAUCCACACGCAUUUUGUCAACUUUAAGGUGGAUCUGGACAUUUUAGGUGUAAACAAUAAUUUUCUGACGAAGGACAUGGCGUACGAGGAGGUGGAUUUGCCUUGGACGAGUGAGCGGAAGGCGAAGGUGCCAUAUUUGGUGGAAAAUCAGCUGAAGACGGAGUUACAGGCAGCGCUGACACAUGCAAGAUCUCCUCGCUACCUUCACGUGGCCAGCAAUCAGACCAACCGCUGGGGUCAUCACCGGUCCUACAGGCUGCAGGUGACCAGCUUCGCUGGAGAUCAUCUCCCCGAGAGUGAGCCGGAGGAGAAGAGCAUGUCCUGGGCACGGUACAAAGUUGCCAUAACGAAGUACAAAGACGAGGAGCCGACCAGUAGCAGCUUGUAUGGACAGAACUACAUGUGGGAUUCGGUGGUUGACUUCAGCAAAUACAUCGGAGAUGAUGAGUCCAUUCAGAACGAGGACCUGGUUGCGUGGGUGACCGCAGGUUUCCUCCACAUCCCACAUGCCGAAGAUAUUCCCAACACGGUUACCGUAGGCAAUGGGGGUGGGGUCCUGCUGAGACCUCACAACUACUUCGAUGAAGAUCCAUCCAUUCACUCGCCGGACGGUGUGUACUUCCUCCCUGGUUCAGAGCAGGACUGUGAGUACAACCGGGUGGCGUGUUUAGAGAAGGAACUCUGCAGUCCCACACUGGAGCCGUACACCUACAACGGCUUUGAAGGAGUCUUGAAAUUUGAUUAGUAGCUCCCACUGUGAACUGGUAGCAGUUAGAUAUCGAGUGACUGGACUUUAAUAUAGGCUUCUUCAGGUGUGAUUAGUUGUCUUCCAGAUGUAUUGGAUCAUCAAGACGUGUUUGGUGUCAGCAGGUUGCUUUUUUAUUUUAGCACUUGAGCUAGAAUGCUAAUGUAGCUAACAAUAGCUACAAUUAAUGAAGUUUAUGGACACCAAUUAGCAUCAUCUAAAUUAUCACACACAUGAAUCAUAUCGAGGGGUUCAGAAUUGUAAGUGUUGGGACACCUGUUCAUUUAUUGUUUCUUCCAGUAUCAAUGGUAGUAUAAAAGAUUUGCACCUGCUUUUUUUGGAGUAACUGUCUCUACUGUCCAGGGUAGCAAGUUCAGCAAAGUCGGUAUGGCCAGUUAGCAUGCUGGCUAAUUUUUCGAGCUACCAAACCACCAAAGAGAAAAUUGCUUCACAAUUCUAAUCUUGGAAUACAUUUUUUUAAAUAUUAACAUUUAUUGAAAUCAACCAUUUUGGAGAUACAAUGUUUUUGUCUGACAGCAUUGAUAGACUCCUUAAAUGAAUGUAUAAAAGACAGUUUUGGGCCACAGCAAAGUUCACAUUACUGUAAUCUGGGGAUCAGCCUUUUAGCUCCAGUGCAAAACUAGAAAAACAGCUUCAGACACGUCUCAGGCAUGUCUUGGCUGAUGAACUACAUCUGGGCUAAGAAGAGUAAACAGUUUAAGAGUCUAGUUUCCUCCAAUUCUAACUACUAGAGAGUUCAACAAUUAAAAAAUGUCACCUGAACUUUAAUUUUAUUUUUUUUCCAACUUUUCUUAUCUUACACUGUUUUUUCUAUUUUUUUAAAAGCUAUAUGAUUGUAUAUGUGAACAUUAGAUUGUUUUUUUUAUCUGCAUCGUUUUUGUGUGAUAGCGAUGUAAAUAUAAAUGCAAAUAUUUUCUCUCUAUUUUUUUUUAUUAAUGCACUGCAAAAACACAGGCUCUGUAUUUACUCUGUAUGUGACACCUCAUGUAUUAAACUGUUAUAAUGGAUUUUGUUAUUUUUAUUAUUAUCUACAUUGUAGAGUAAUAUUGAAGUCAUCUAAACUGUGAAGGAAGGCAUAUGCAAUUAUGAACUAAACAAAACAAAACAAAAAAAGCUAAAAUGCUUUUUAUACUUUAGAUUCUUUAAAGUAGUACAUUUUGCUUUGAUGCCAACUUUGCCCAACCCUUGGCAUUAUUCUCUCAGUACAGAGAUCCUGGGAUGGUUCUUUAACUGUCUUAAAGGAGUUCUAGAGGUGUUGAGCUCUUAUUAAUUGCUUUACUUCACUCUGCUCUGCUUCGACUCAUCCCAAAACACCUUGGGUUAGGUUUUCUUGUCAGGUGUUUUUUUUUUUAUCAUCUUCUUUCUAUCAUCUUUUAAAAUGUGUAUGUGUUUCUUCAUAGUUUGUAAGUCUUAAAUAUGAAUCUACAAUGUAGCAAAUAAUACAAAUAAAGUUAAUAAGAAAUAUUAAUAAGAAAUUGUGGAAGGUAUUUGUGUAAUAUUGUGUUAUUACUGGGAAACGAUCCAAACUGUUUGACUAGAACCAAAAACUGACAGCUUACUAUGAUUUAUGCUUAAACAGUAAGGGCUUCUGGUGUUUUCUUUUCAUUUCUGCAUUGUUGUUGCAUUGGCUCAGUUUAUGAUUUUAUCAGUACAAUCAAAUUGAAAUGUCAUGCUGUGAAUUUUAUUAAAGAGCACAUGUCUUUCACUUUUUUCACUUUUAAAAAACAUUGUUUUUAUAAUAAGGUCAAUUUUCGUUAGUUUCAUACAUGGAAAAACAACACAUUUUGUAUUCAUUGACUGUUGUGAUGUUAACACAGCAUAUGUGCCCCUACUCACGAAAAGCAGUUUAGCCCCGCCCACUCACGCUGAAGUUAUAAGGAGAGUUUCAGUCCAGACGGUGUUCUGAAUGUGCUGUAAUAUGCUUUAACCAUCAGCACCUUAGUAUGUAUGUUUCACUGCUAAUGCACAAAAUAUAUCUGGACUGUAUUUACAGUUUGUUUUAAGACUUUUCCUAAACCAUAUUAGAGCUGUAAAUCAUAACAGAUAAAUGAAACUUUUUCUCUGGACUUGUGUUACAUGUUAAAUGACAUAAGGCAGAACUUUUUUUCACAACAUUUAUUUGAAAUUAUUUCAUAAAGAAUUGACCAAUAAAAAUGCUCCAAAAUGACUUGGAAUACUAUAUUUUUAGAAUGUUUUUUAGAAUUUUUUACCUGUAAAGUUGCUGUUUUUAAUAUUCACCACUGACAAUAGAUAAUGUUUAUAUGGUGUUUUGUAGGUUUUAUGUUGUUAUUAAUUCAAGAAGUCAGUGUUUUUACCCUAAAAGUAUCUCUGAUAAAUGCCUUUUAUAACGAUUGGGAUCAUUUAGGAGAUAAAGAGUCAAUAAAACUACUGAUGCUAUGAAACGAA